AUGGCUCGCUUCACGUCUCUCAUGCUCCUUGGAGCCGCCACUAUCUCUGCUUCUCCUCUUGCAGCUCGUCAGGCCACUACCGUCACCGUCACUGCUACCGCCGAGGCUCCUGCCUCUACUGCAUGGGACGCCGGUGCUGUUCACGACUACCCCAUCCACGCUUCCUGCAAUGCUACUCAGCACCAGUACAUCAAGAACGGUCUCGAAGAGACUCUCACCAUCUGCCGUCAAGCUCGCGACCACAUUCUCCGCUGGGGCAACUCUUCGGAGAUCUACCAGAAGUACUUUGGCAAUGCUCCCACUGGUGAGCCCAUCGGCUGGUUCACCAAGAUCGUGGACGGCGACAAAUCUGAUGUCCUCUUCCGUUGUGAUAACAUUGAUGGAAACUGUGGCCAGGAGGGCUGGGCAGGUCACUGGCGAGGCUCUAACGCCACCUCCGAGACCGUAAUCUGCGAUCUCUCGUAUGAACUUCGUCGUCCUCUGGAGGGGAUGUGCAUGUUCAAUUACGACGUCGCCAAUGGUGCGACCAACUUCUACUGGGCUUCUGAUCUUUUGCACCGCCUCCUUCACAUCCCCAAGGUUGGCGAGGGCAUCGUCGAGCACUACGGUGGCGCGGAUGAGUACCCCGGUGUUCUGGAGCUUGCUAAGAGCAACCCUGCUGAGGCCGUCCGCAACUCCGACACGCUGCAGUACUUCGCUCUUGAGGUCUACGCACAUGAUGUUGCCGUUCCUGGCGUUGGAUGCCCGGGCCACUACCGUGAGGUGUCUUCUUCUGAUUCACACGCUGCUCCCACCUCAUCUGCCAGUGCUGCUGCCAGCUCUGUUGCUGCUUCUGCGACAGCUGCCGCCAGCUCUGCUUCUCAAGCGGCCUCCUCUGCGGCUGCUAGCGCUACUCAAGCCGCUGAGGCCUGCACACCUCACGACGACCACUGGCACUGCCCUCCUGGGGUGCCGGAGCCCACUUCUCCUCCUUCUUAG